CACGGGGCACGAGGCGGGCGGACCACAGGCUGAGGAUCAUGUGUAGUCCACGCGCCGAAACUAGGUUAGAGAGAGCAGAGACAGCACAGAGCAGAGCAGAGGAGAGAAGAGAAGAGAGUACAGAGCUGUUUGUUAUUCUACAGACGCUGAUACUUUCUGUUCACUACUGCACCUGUGCAACAGACUCCGCCGAACUCACACGGACCAAAACAAUGAGACUGCUCUCUGUGUUUUAGUUAGCAUAGAGCUUAGAGGUUUUAUUUAGUUUAGCAAAUAAAAGUGGAAGCGACAUAUGAAGAUUAGUUCUCGCGACUUUUGAGCAGCUCUGGUUCAGAGCUUUAUUUUCUUGCGUUUUAUUCCCAGCUGGACGUGUGCAUGACUUGAAGAAUUGUAGAGAAAUUCAACCGACAAAAUGAGAGCUCAAAUAGAGGUAAUUCCGUGCAAGAUAUGUGGGGACAAAUCAUCAGGGAUACAUUACGGUGUCAUCACCUGUGAAGGCUGCAAGGGUUUCUUCCGACGCAGCCAGCAGAACAAUGCUAUGUACUCCUGCUCGAGACAGAGGAACUGUCUCAUUGACAGGACCAACCGUAACCGCUGUCAGCACUGCAGGUUGCAGAAGUGUCUCGCCCUGGGCAUGAGCCGUGAUGCGGUGAAGUUUGGUCGAAUGUCCAAAAAACAGCGUGACAUCCUGUAUUCAGAGGUCCAGAGGCACCAACAGUCUCAGGCCGGUUUGGGCGUCCGUGACGAUAAAAGCGACAUGGGCGACCUUAACUGUGCCUACAGAAGAUCGUCCAGCACCACACUCAGUGAUCUGGACGACAUUACCGCGCUGCCCGAAGGCCUACUGUUCGAACUCCCGCUGACCCCAGAGGAGGCUGCUGGAGACUACUACAACCUGAACAUGCUGGGCAUGAGUGGAGGGAGCAGCUCAUCCUCCCAGAGUUCACCAGAACAGACCAACAUAGAUUUUGGAGAAGGCAACGACAACAUCAAGCAAGAGUACCAGCUGUUGCACGACCCCGGUCUUUUCUCUCAUGCUAUGCUUAACCCGCUACCUGGAGGCUACUCGCUACUUGAAAUAGAGCGCAUUACCCAGAGCAUAGUCAAGUCCCAUAUAGAGACAAGUCAGUACAGCACGGAGGAGCUGAAAAGAAUGGCAUGGACCUUGUACGGCCCAGAGGAGACACGCUCUUACCAGACCAAGUCGGCUGAGGUGAUGUGGCAGCAAUGUGCCAUUCAUAUAACCAAUGCAGUUCAGUAUGUGGUGGAGUUUGCCAAGCGCAUCUCUGGAUUCAUGGACCUGUCUCAGAAUGACCAGAUUAUUCUGCUCAAAGCAGGUUGCAUGGACGUUCUCCUCAUUCGUUUGUGUAGGGCCUACAAUCCCAUCAAUAACACGUUACUCUUUAAUGGAAAAUUUGCUACAACUCAGCUUUUCAAAGCUCUGGGCUGUGAUGACCUCGUCAGUGCUGUGUUUGACUUGGCCAAGAACCUGAGCCACUUACAAAUGUCAGAAGAGGACAUAGCUCUUUUCAGUGCUGCUGUGCUACUCUCACCAGACAGACCCUGGCUCACAGAUGUUCAGAAGGUACAGAAGCUGCAGGACAAAGUCUAUGUAGCGCUGCAGCACUGUCUACAGAAACAGGGGGCGCUGGACGAGAAGCUAACUAAGAUGGUGUCCAAGCUUCCCAUAAUGAAGUCCAUCUGCAACCUUCAUAUGGACAAGCUGGAGUUUUUCCGCCUGCUCCACCCGGAGACUGCCUACACGUUUCCUGCUCUGUACAGAGAGGUUUUCAGCAGUGAAAUGACCUUUCCAGAUUCCACUGAGGGGUAGAGCUGGUUAGUUCAGUUCCGUUUGAUUUAUUCAGAAACUCUAAAUGUUUGCAAGGGGGAGAGAUGAGCUCCAACCAGCUGAAGGAAACUCACCAGCAGCAGCUCAAUGACAAUCAUGCGUGCCACACGUCAGGACACGCUCCUCUCUUACUCUUAACUCCCUCUUGUGUGAUGGAGUGUCCACUGCCCCCGUGAGGCGGGAUCCCUCACUACAAAUGAAACAACACUACAGGAAGUUAUGCUGGGUACUCGGUGAAGGUUACCUCCUUUUAAGAUGGUAAUUUUUCAUUGGUACAUAGUUGUUUUCUUUUUGUUUUCUUUUUUUUUCUAUAUGGAGACCUUAAACCUGGCAUCCUAAAUUCAUAUUUAAUAUAAAUCUGACUUUUAUCUCAGCUCCGGUAAGCUAUUAUUGAAUGUAUCCUCUUUUCCCUUUACCAUUCAGCACAACACUUGGCUGGAGAUGGAAUGUACAUACGAAAGAAUCACUCACUCGUUCUGUAGCAGUUGGCUUUAUGUUAGUUUCCUUCUUCAGUGGUGCCCAUGGUGUGCAGUUUUAAAACGUGAACAAACUUCUUUUUUUUUAAAGGGACCAUGAUCAAACUCACACACCAGCAGAUUCUUUAAAGGAUUUAAACCGAGUGUCAAGUCAAACGCUUGCGAUGGUCUGUAGGUAUGUUUAACAAGCACAUUCUCAGACAAUAAUGUGAACCCGUUCGUCUUUUAAUACAAUCAAAGACCUCAGUCAUCAUUCCCUUUUCCUGAGUAAAUGCCACUUAUGCCGUUUUCACGUGUAACGGGGCUCAACACUGACUUUUAAUACGGGAUUCGCUACGCGCUCGAUACCUGUUUUUGUAAAAAUGCCGGUUAAAAAAAAAUGAAGCGAAACCCGUAGUAGUUUUAAUGGCAGUGUGAACACGAUCAGACUUUUAAUUGUUUUUUAUAACUAUAAAUAACCCCAUUAUGUUCACAUUAUCUGAGAAGUUAGUGGUUAGUGGGAAGGCAAUGUUGCCUUAGGUUUUUGAGUGACUUUUUUGGGGUCUACAGGAUGGAAAAUUGGUCAAACCUUUUUUUUUAAAUCUGGUAUUACGGAUUAUAGCACUUAAGAGUUGUCCACUGAUGUAUAGUUAUCCUAAAAGUACUUAAAGCACAAGAUGUUUAAGGUCCACGCUCAGGCUUCCAUCAGCCAGAUUUGCUAGGUAACGGCCAUUAUUGAAAAGAGUUGUGAGCAUUCAAAAACUGUGGGGUCACAUAUGCAAGAGAUUCAUCUAACCAUCAGUACAAGGAGUCAGUUGACAAAAAGAAUUGAAUUUAAAAUUGACUUUUUAUGUACAUUAUAAUUGGCUCUCCAGAAACCAUUUCCAGGAGUGUGUGUGUGUGUGUGUGUGUGUCUCACUCCUGGCUCUCUGUGCCUCAGUGUUAAGAAGGAUGUGUUGCUGCAAGCUGCUACCAUGUUGUUUGCAGAAAAAAAACAAUCAACUUCUGUGCUUUAUUCCCACACCCGAACUACCUCAUCUACUACUACACAGCACACGAAAGGGCCAACAGUAACCCCCCCGAAUUAGUUUUUUUUUUUUCUGUAAACAAUUAAAACCAAAUCCAGAUUCAGGAUACCCACACAGAUGCUGACAGUUACCCUUCAAAUACAGUAUACCUAACAAACUCUUAAAAUCUAUAUUUGAAUACAUUCUGACAAUCACCAUAACAGUUUUACUCAUCCAAGGUUUAUUCUAUAUUUCAACCAUCUCGCCUUGCAUUAAAGGGUCACUACUCCUUUUCCCCCGGUACAUAACUCAAAGGCUUGGUGGAAAUGUGCAAUAUUGUCAUUCCUGUUGCUCCAAGUUUUUCUUGUUUUUUUGUUUUUGUUUUUUUUUAAGGUAAUUAUCAUCCCCUCUAUUCACAAGCACUCCUUUACGAUCAACACUGCAGCACAGAAGAAUGAUGUUUUAAGAAUGUAAUUGUACCAAAAAUACACAGCCAUCUACGAUGACACUUGAUACGGUGCAACACUUGGUGUGUUCAGAGGGCAAUGAAGGAUAUCAGCACCUACUUUCCUUUUAGAGUUACUCAGGGAGAAAGCUAGGCUCUCUGUCCUUCGGUGUCUGCAGUCGGUCUAGCAAGCAGGACAACUCACACUAUACUAAGAAAAAAAAAAAAAACCUUGAACACUGUGUACAGCAAAAGUUGUCAUGAAUGUUUGAUUGCAGAAGAAUGAAAGACUUCCGCAUAAAUAUAUAUAUAUGUAUAUAAUCCCCACAAAAUGUGUUGGUUUUUAAUUUAAUCUUUGUAUGUGUUGUCUGUUAUAUUUUCCCUAUUGUUGUUGUGACAUCGUCCUGAAGAUGUAAUUAUAUUUUUUAAGAGCAUUUUACGAUGUCUCUCUAAAAUGUUUUCUCUCGUCUUGGUCCUUCUGUUAAUGUUUUUAUUCUGUUUAAACAUUAUUGAUAUUAUUAUAUUAUGUUAUUAUUAUGAAAUCAAUAUAGAUUUUAAGAAGAUAUAAUUUAUAUGUCACGGACAUAAAACCAGAGGGUUUUAUUACUGUCAAGUGUUAUUGCACAAUGGUGAAACAAAAUGUGGAUUUAAGAAUGUAAUAAAAGUCUUUUUACAACUAAA